CUUCAAAGGUUUUUGCUAGAUAUGGUUCUAUUUCAAUUGCAGCAGGAUGUCUUGUGCUCCAACCCUCUUCUCCCCCCGAACUUGUUAUGAGCAUCUCAGUAAAUGUCUCUGCAGCUGUAGGUACGGUAUGCGAGGCGUUUUUGUACGGAGUCUACUGCGCUUUAUUUAUUAUCUCUAUCGUAAUUCUCAUCACACGAUAUCGAGUAUCCAAUCGAGUAAUAUGGGUUGCGAACUGCCUCCUCUUUAUGACAUCGACGGCUCAUUUUGCAUUGGUAUUCACCCAUUUCUACAUUGCACUCGAACAUGCACCGUUCUCAGAUUUUGGAAACGAAACUCCUGCAUUAAUGGGAGCCAAUUUACUGAGUUCUGUUGCUAAUUUAAUUGGAGACUUACUCCUACUCUAUCGAUGCUGGUUUGUCUGGGGAAAGAAUUUCUAUGUGAUUAUUCUCCCUCUGCUCACUGCUCUUGGGGGAUUUGGGUGCAUUUUGCCCAUCCCAUCCCUUGUAUUAUCAAUUGACCCGACAUCACCAGUUCCUCCGACUGAUAUCGUACCCUUGACUAUUGCCGGAUAUGUUUUGCCUCUUUGUACAAAUAUCAUGGUCACCGGGCUCAUCGCCGGUCGCCUCUGGAACAUAUCUCGCAUUCCCACCAUCGACGAGCAUGGAAAGCCGGUGAUAUUAAGAAUCACGACUGGCGGACGCCCGAUGAUGCUCAUCAUCGAAAGCGGUGCUCUGUAUACGGUCACGCAACUCAUCUAUGUCGUUCUCGUGGCCAUUCGAAAUCCUGCCGAGGCGAUAUUAAGUUAUGCUGGGACACAGAUAUAUGGUAUUGCGUCCACAUUAAUUAUUAUUCGUGUCGGGCUAGGCAGCUCGCUUGAGCAGACUGCACCGACGACUUCGAGUAACCUGAUAUUUUGGUCCCAGUCAUAAGGUACCAGCUUAGUAGGCACAUGGAGGAACAA